AUGAUUUUCUGCAGAUAUUUGCGUAACAGUAACGAGGCAGCACUGAGUCGUAGGAAAUUGUUAGACGGGCAAAAACGAUUUCGUGAUGAUAGUUCGAACAUUGCGGAACUACAUAUGGGCGAAUAUCACUCCUACGACGACAUUGUUCGGUGGCUAAAAAGCUUGGAAAGGCGAUAUUCUGAUAUUGUUAAAGUCACAUCCAUUGGAGUUACACCCGAGAAACGAACUAUUUACGGAGUCAGGCUUGGCAGGCAGCACGCGAAUUCGACACGGGUCGUGUGGAUUGAUGCUGGGAUCCAUGCAAGAGAAUGGGCAUCCGUACAUACCGCACUUUAUUUCAUCAGAGAGGUAUUUCCUCAAUUUUCCAUUGCAUUUAAGAGUGCGAUUGUGGCGCAAGAACAGAGGCUCUAUGGAACACUGCUUCUGGAAAGAUGGCAAAAGACGUUGCUGCAGAGGAGUCGACCUCAAUCGAAAUUUCGCUUUUCAUUUCGCUGGGCGGUGCGUGAUGCGGUACUGUCACUGAGUAAUCGUAUGGAAGCGUUCAUCACUCUACACACUUACUCACAGAUCUGGGUGUAUCCGUACUCGAACAAAAAAUUUGCAUAUUCGCCAGAUAAAGAAGUGGCAAAGAAAGCUGUUGAAUCACUGGGAAAAUUAUAUGGUACGCAGUAUAGAUAUGGUACUGGACCGGAGACCAUAUGCAUAGCGAACUGCGAAGACCGCGCUCGAUUCUGUGCAAUUUGGAAGCAGCAGAAUCCGACAAUUUGUGUGGACACAAGGCCGUCGAUGCAGCAGCUGUGCAAGAAGACUUGCGGGUUUUGCUGA